AUGGCCGCUGUCAUUGGUGUUCUCGCGUCCGUGGCCUUUGCAGUUCAGGCGAAGGCGUUUGACUGGAACUUGGUCGUUCCCCACACAUACCCGAACAUCUCUGCAUGCGCGAGCCAACCCUUGUCCUACUCCUGUGAGAACACCACGGUCAUUGCGGACACCUGCUGCUCGCCGACUCCCGGAGGCUUGGUCCUGCAGACGCAGUUCUGGGACACUUACACGGGUUUAGAGAGCGAAGGCCAGCUCCUCCCUCAAGACAGCUGGACUAUACACGGGCUCUGGCCAGACAAUUGCGACGGGUCAUACGAACAGUACUGCGAUUUUUCCAGACAGUAUGAUCCGGACCCAAGUCCGUCUGUAUUGCCGGAUGGUACUCCUGUGCCAGCAUACCGUGGCGUGUCCGUGCAGAGUUUCAUCGUUGAGUUCGCGAGAUUUGAUCUCCUCGACUACAUGAACAAGUAUUGGAUCAACCAGGGUGCUCCCAACCGUGAUUUCUGGGCACACGAGUUUUCCAAACACGCAACGUGCACGUCGACCUUUGACGUAGCUUGCUAUGGACCCGACUAUCAGGAGCAUCAAGAUGUCGUAGACUUCUACCUCGCUGUCGUCCGUGCUUUCCAGAAGUUCCCGACUUACCAGAUGCUCGCAGCAUCUGGCAUCGUCCCGUCGAACACCACGACCUACUCACUGGCCCAGCUGCAAGCUGUGUUGAAAGCUCAGACUGGUGCAGUGCCAUACCUCGGCUGCGGCGGUAUCAACGGCACAAUCCUUGAAGAGGUCUGGUAUUUCAACCACGUCCUUGGAGUCGAACAAUUUGGACAGUUCAAGAGCGUUGAUAGCACGACGACGUCCACAUGCAACACUACUCAGGGUAUCUGGUACUACGAGCGCACGUCAACCUCUGAGCGCGACGUGAGGACCAUUCCCGAGGGCUUCUAUUGA